AUGAAUUGCCCGUGCUGUCUCUAUAGUCAUAACUUGCACCAUACUACAAAUGCUUUAAAGAAAAGUAAGUGUGUUCCUAAGCACAAUGAAUUUAGUGACAUACAACAGCUGAAGAUCUGCAAGCACAUCACAGGUGAAAAAUCCCGGCUUUCCUUUCUGCUACAGCUCUGGGACACGUACUCCAAGAGCGGCAUCGCUUGUCUCACCGGGGAGGAAAUAGGAAAUUUCAUCCAAACCUUGGAUCUAACGGAAAGCGAAGACAGAGCGGCUGAUCCCUGCUGGCAAGUAAAGUGGCACCUGGGAAAGUUAAUUAAAAAGAUGGUGUCGGGAGUCUAUGAGGAAAACAUGUCUGCAGUCAACGGUGACAGAGCCCUGACGCUGUCGCACACCGAUGGGCAGCCACCGCGCAGUCCCGUCAACAGGAUCGCAGCGCAUCUGACGGGCAACAGCAAUAGGAAGAAUUCCCUGUCCCCACGCAGUAAGGAAAAACCUUUAAACACAGGGAAAGAUCAUUCCUCACCCAGAAGAGGUAAUGGACAAAAAAUAAGCAACUGGGAAUCAUCAAGGAAAGGCCACUCUUUCCUGUACAACGUGGAGCUGAGAAACGGCGAGUUAGUGAUACCCCAAACGGGCUUUUAUUACAUCUACUCACAAACUUAUUUUCGUUUCCGUGAAAACGAGGACGAGGAUUCCGAUUUGCUGGCACAAAUCAGGAACCCCAAACAACUUGUCCAAUACGUUUACAAACUGACUAAUUACCCAGAGCCCAUUUUGCUCAUGAAAAGUGCAAGAACAAGCUGCUGGUCUAAAAAGGCAGAAUACGGACUUUAUUCCAUCUACCAAGGUGGUGUGUUUCAGCUGAAAAGAGAGGACAGGAUUUUUGUCUCGGUCAGUAAUGGUGACAUAGUUGACAUGGACAAAGAAGCAAGUUUUUUUGGUGCCUUUAUGAUCGGUUAA